AGUAGAAAUUGGGUUACUAAGUUAUUCGUGCCCCUUCAGGUAACGUGUCACCAUAGAAGUAAAUAAAGAGCAAAUUAAAUAAAAGCAUGCUGUGACAGCAUUUAAUAGCAUGCUAAAAUUUUAUUUUGGAAACAAACAAAAAAAUGUCAAUUAUAAGAAGUGCUAGUUUUUAUCAUCUAAGAGAACAACUUUUUAAAAAAUUCUUUCAAUUACAAAUCAAAAAGUGCAAAGAUCUCUCAGUAAUCGCCAUCUUCUACGGUGACGGUUUGCCUGACUGCACUUGUAUCCAUUAUCGAAGAGCCUCAAACACCAAGUGUUGUCCGGGAAAAGCGCCUCAACCAAUCACACUCAACUUUUACUUCGGGGUGGAGUGGAGACCGAGCAUAAAAGGAUGCAAAAGCUGUGGAGCUGAGCUACUGAGAUCAUCAUUCUCAAAGACAAAGUAAACAGGUCUAAACUAACGCCAACAUGGUUCAGUGGACUGAUGCUGAGCGCGCCGCAAUCGCUGAUAUCUUCGGCAAAAUCGACCGCGAUGUAGUUGGACCAAACGCACUUGCCAGGUGCCUUAUCGUGUACCCCUGGACCCGGAGAUAUUUCGGUGAAUUUGGAAACUUGUACAGCGCCGAUGCUAUCCUGGCGAAUCCCAAGGUCGCUGCCCACGGAAAGGUUGUGCUUGGCGGGCUGGAGAAGGCUAUGAAGAACUUGGAUGACAUCAAGAAAACCUUCGCCCCGCUGAGCGAGCUGCAUUCAGAGAAACUGAACGUGGACCCCGAUAACUUCAGACUGCUGGCUGACUGUCUCACCCUUGUCAUUGCUGGGCAGAUGGGCGCUGCGUUCACACCGGAAGUUCAGGCAGCGUGGCAGAAGUUUCUUGCUAUUGUUGUUUCUGCUCUCUGCAGGCAGUAUUACUAAAGUAUCUCAAUAAACC